AUGCAAAGGAGUGUUAUGCUUCAUGCCAUGCAUCAGUUUAAUGAUUUUGACGACGCCUACAUAGACAAUAAAUAUGACAUAUCUGAAGAGCAAUAUUACUAUGGUUCUAAUAAGCGUAAAAGGAAAACUGCUGCACCUCAAAAAUGGGAGUCAGCUGACGAAAACUCUAAAGAUGUUAAAAUGUUACUUAAAAACUCACCGUUUGGUCCCAUAAAUCUGGUUACAAAAGAAAGUAAUGUUCCUCCUUCCUCUUUGAAUGGUAACGAGCGUCUAAGUGAAAUAUCGAGUGAUAGCAGUAUAACAACACCACCAGAACAAAUUAAACUUUAUGCUGCAAUGUUAAAUUAUUUUCUUUUGAAGUAUAAGAUGUCGAGUGACUUUAAAAAUGGUCCUUUUUCUACAUACCCAACACUCGCAGAAUUCAACCAAGGAUUUGAUAAAACUUCGAGUAGUUCUCUCUCUAACAACUUGUCAAACCUAUUUUAUCCAACUCAGAUGAAUCACUCCACAAAUUUUAUUUCCGUUACUCCCAAUAAACAAAGCCCUUCUAACGGAUCCUAUAAUGAUGAGCCUUACUAUACGAAUCCUAAGGAAAUAGAUAAGCUUUACAAGCAUAUUUCUUCGAAAUCUGAAGGUUAUUUAGAUUGGAGACAACGUGUUAUAAACUCUAUUAGCACCAGCAUAACUAAUGUACCCGUUCCAAAGUCUAGUUAUCCAAAUUAUGAAGCCAUUUCUGUAUGCUAUAAAUCUUUAAUAGAUAGAGCGUACGCUUUACAACAAUCUGUGGAAUUAUAUUUUGGAAUGAUAGAAAAUUGUGUUUCUUAUAAUUCACUGCCCGGUCAACAUUCAAACAGUAUCAGCUUGAGUCCUCCUGCUCAUAAUGCCGUUUGGGGUGGGCAGACAAACAAUAUAACUAACUUUCCAGUCCAAUCACCCUACACCUCAAGCUCGUAUUCACCAGUAAACUUGUCGGCUGUUCUCACUGAUAUUUUUCAGUCUAAUAAUUCUGCAAUCAGUAAUCAAGAGUUGAUUAACGAGUAUAAACGAGCUUCUUUGGGCGAUUUUGAACAAUCUAAUCAGCUUUCGACUACGUAUGUGCCAGAAUGUCAAGCACAAAACAGCAUGCAGUCGCCAGUAGACUUAACAAGCUCAGAAAAAAAUAAAACACACGAUCCCUUCAUACUUACUUUACCGUCACAUGUUGAGACAAAGGCACGCAGCUCAGACAAGUCAAAUAAAGAAAACUACGACUAUGCCGCAAAUAGUCAGUCAGAUGAGUGUGAUCUGGCACAAAAUUCUGAACACAGUCGAAUUCCAACUCUAGAAGAAGAUAAAGAAUAUGAAUUCCCAAAUACAUCUGAACACAAUAUGGCUCCUAAUAUCGAUGUCCGAAAUGGCUUUGUUUCUCAGAAUUUAAAGCACCCCUCCACAAAUAUGCUAUGCAGCUCAGUAAUUAAUUACUCCCCAAGAUCCAAUAUAAAUAUAAGGAAAAAAACUUAUUUUAAGUCAAAACGUGUAAAAAAGUCUUUUACAUCAAAUUCAGUGCAGAAUACUAACAACAUUUGUCCAGAAAAUUCAUCUCCUAAGAAAUCCAAUUUUAGAGGGACUAGCGAGGAGGAAAAUAAAGUGGCUCCCAAUUUUAAACCUAUUGAAGUAAAUGUAAGUCGGUGUUUUAAAUAA